AUGCAUGAAUCAGCUGAUGACUUAUUUGCAAAUAUAAAAUACGUUUUGGAAGCAAAUGAAUUAAAAUUGAAUCAAUUGGUUUCACUUGGAUCUGAUAAUACUAAUGUAAAUGUUGGUAAUCAUCACAGUGUGUUUGCUUUAUUCGAAAAACUUUUACCUGGUUUAAUAAAAGGAACUUGUUACUGUCAUGUGUUGCACAAUUCAGUCAAGCAUGGAAAUGAACAUUUGUUGUUUGAUAUUGAAGCCGCAUUGUUAAAAAUAUAUUCUCAUUUUUGCAGAUCAUCUGUUCGUUCACAAGAAUUAACAAACUAUUUUGAUUUUAUUGAAUUGAGAUGGUUGAGUCUUUUGCGAUCUAUCGAACGUCUUAUUAGUAUUCAUACAAUUGUUAAAAGUUAUUUUUUGAAUCUGACGAAUGAUGAUUGUCCAGAGUUAUUGUUGGAAUUUUUCACAUCAGAUAAAAGUAAUGAAUUCAGUGAAUGUACAUUAUACUUUUUGGCAAAAUUAACAGAAGUACAAAAUGCAAAUUUAUUAUUACAACGACACUAUACAACUGGUGUUAUUGCUGAAUUACUUGAAAAUUGUCCAAUUAGACGAGCUGAUGAUUUAAAAAAGUCAUUUAGAUUAUUUGUCCAUUCAGUUAUUGAUUAUAUUGAAAAAUAUUAUAAUAAUUAUAAAUCACUUUGCCAAUCUAUCUCUAUUUUCGAUGAAGUUCAUAUCGAACAAGUUGAAUGGAAAUCUGCUCAACAAUGUUCUGCUUUUGUUGUCAAUCAAACAAUUGAUCUUGAUGAAAGAUUUGAUGGAAUUAGUAAACAAGUAGAAUCAUUUAUUCUAUCGAAUUUAGGUCGAUCAAAUUAUAAUGGAACGUCAGUUAAUCAUGAAACAAGCUCAUGUGAUGAUUGUAAUAUUCAAGAUAAUCUUGAUGACAGUGAUGUUAGCAAUGAUGAGCCUGAUGUGAAAAAUAAACAUAAGAAAACAAAUAAAUCAAUUCGACCUGAUCAUUUAUGGGCUUAUUUACUUGAUGGUGAACAUGUACCUAGUUUACGAAAAUUAGUUGAGUUUGUAUUUGCCAUUCCUGGAUCAAAUGCUUUUUGUGAAUCAGUCUUUAGUCAUAAGAAAUACUUAUGGCAUAAUAACAGAACCAAGAUGAAGCACGAUUUAGUUGGAGCCGAAUUAAAAAUUAAAAUAAACACUGAUUUAACGUGUACAGAGUUUUAUGAUUAUCUUUUAACUAAACUAAAUAUACUCCACAAAAUUCGGUCGUCAGAUAAAUACAGUCAAAUAGCAAAAAUGACACGAAUUUAUCAAUAA